AACUGAACCUUCCCCCCAAAAAAUGGCGUGCACCACCACAUUCCAUUUCCCUUGUGCAAGAUCCACCUCCCCCUCGUUUAAUUUCAAUCAGUACAACCCUAGCAACCCGAGCUCCGCGACGCCGCACUCGCGUACCAAAACAUCGGUAAAGAGCCGAGCGUCGGCGUUUCCGACCGGGAGUAUUCGGCUGGAGCUCGACGAGAAUCCGGAGGGAAUUAUCUCGGGCGAAUGGCCGGAGAACUUCUCCCUCCUCAGCUACGAUGACCUCCGAGUCUAUCUCGAGUCCCAGGCCCCAAGUGAGAAUGAUCAGUCGCGGCGGUUGGCGGUUCUUAGUUCGGUCAUGUCGAGUCCGGUAUGGACGGCUAAGGCGGAGCAGACACUUGAGGAGAUCAACCAUCACUUCGACUGCAUCUCGGGGAUUCCGGUGGUCGACGGCGAGCUGCAAUGUGUUGGAAUCAUCUCCAAGAAAGACAAGGCUAAAGCCUCAAAUGGGUUGAGAACAAGAAUUGGUGAGAUGAUGACAACUCCUGUAAUCACUUUACCUGCUGAGAAAACUGUCACGGAUGCUGCAGCUCUAAUGCUCAAGAGGAAGAUCCAUAGGAUACCAAUAGUAAAUGAUAAAAACCAAGUCAUAGGUGAGUUUGUGUAUGGAUACAGAGAUCAAACUUGUUAUUAUGACGUUACUUGGCCAAUAGUUUUUUCAUCAAAAUCAAACCAAGUCAUAGGUAUAGUUACGCGCACCGAUGUUCUGCGAGGGCUUGAAGCCUUGCUGGUGUAGUUACCGGACUGCCGUUCGAAACUGCACUGUAUAUCUGUAAAUAUGUACAAAGUACGGUUGGACAGCCAAAACUCGAGAUCUGUAAAUCAGGAGCUAAAAACAAAUAAAACAUUCUCUUCUGCUAGUGCAACAAA